CGCCCCCCACCACGCCCCACUCGCUCGGACCACGCUCGACUCAUCGCUUGGACAUCCUCGUGACGUACAGACGUAGCCCAUAACCCUACCGACCAUGUCGGACACAAAGGCCACGGUCACGGCAACAGCCACGGCCGCCUCCUCCUCGGGAUCGCCAACAAGAGCGACCGCGACCGGAUCUCCUCACCGAACAACACAACAUACCGCAACAGCAACCACAACCACAACCACAACCACCACCCCCUCCCCACCACAAUCAGCACGCACCGCGUCCCCUGUUCACGAAUCUGGCGCUUCGGCCUACUCGUACUCGUCAGCUCAAGGCUCAGGCUCCACCUCUCACCGUACCCCCACACCAGUCUCCCCACAAUAUACCUUUGGAGGGCAUACCCCCAUCUCCCCACAGUCCUUCGCUUCCGGCACCACCGCCGGCCUCAUGCCCAACCCCCUCGCUGUUCCAGAGGCCGACGAGCUGCCACCCGUUCUCGAGGGUGAAAGAGAGGUCGAGCUCGCCUCCCCGCCCACUGAAUCUCCUGAACCACCCUCGGCUCCUUUUGCCCGCACAGGCUCACCAGAUUCGGUCGGCAGCCAUAGCUCGAUGGGCCGCACACCAACAAGUCGCUCCCACCACUCUGGUCACUCGUCGUGGCAAUAUCACGAUUCACGCGCUCCAAGCUCUGCUGCAAUCAACAUUGCCCACAAACAGCGUGUAUCACAGGCGCCUCCUCUCCCGGACCACCCAUACACCGCGCCACCAAGCGCCACCAACCGUCCAUUGACACCCACCGCCGCCACCUCUCUUCUAGCCGCCGCUGCAUCCAGUCUCGCGACCCCCACCAUGUCCGCCACCCGUCUGUCCACCAGUACCAUGGCCUCGUCGGUGCGAAGAAAGUCGCGUACCGGCGCAAAGUCGCCUCUCGGCGAUGAUGACAAGCCACCGGUGCCACCUCUGCCAUCCGGAGUCAUGUACACGCCGAGCGCGGGACCCAGCGCCGCGGUGGAGCUCAAGGCAGCUAUAGAUGCUGGUGAGGCACCACCUCAUUAUGCCUUCCUCGACCAAGACCCAACCGAGACUGAAGAGAACUCGCCUCCGCAUGGUGGCGUCAUGACCUUUAGUGGCGGCGGCGGCGGUGACCGGCGAGCGAGCAGCGCGUCGGCGAUGGUGCAGGGCUCGAGCCCACACUCGUCUAAUUCGGCCCGAAAGCACCUCUCAUUCCAGAGCCAGCACUCGGACGCGUUCGGCUACGGCGGGUAUCAGACGAGCAGUAGCAUGGCGGAUGUGGGUGAUUCGAGCGGCGGCGGGAGUCAGGCGGGCAAGACGGAUCGUACUGCUACGCGUCUGUCCGCCCAGAGCUUCCGCGACCAGUGGGCGUCGUUUGCCGGUGGACCUGCACCUGCGUGGGGCAAGCGCGAGUCGAACCGUUUCUCGAUGAAGAGCUACAAAUCCGGCCGCUCGACAAAGUCGCGUAACGCCAAGAGGCGGAGCAACGGCGAGGCUCUUGGCAGAGGCAGCAAUGAGACGGACGAGUGGGUCGACGACGACGAGGCGGAUCUUUUGGCGCUCAUGCGCCGCGCUGCCGUUCUCGAGCGCCUUUUGCGGCAUGGCAAGCGCGCAUCAAAUAUGAACGCCAACCCCCGCAUGGUGCAGCGUUACUCGCACUGGUCCAUUGCUUCGACCUCGCUGUCAAAUUAUGGCCCGAGCCGCGUGCCCACGUCGCGCUCUAGAUCUGGCUCACCGGAGAAAUAUGGCCAAACCCCGCCACCACCAAGGCGAUCAGCGAGUAGUGCCACGACACACACGCACCGCUCAAAGCGCAGCGCCACGAGCAGCCUCCGCCACCGCCUGCAGCGCAAGCUGGGGAUGCGUGCCGGUGGCCGAGAGUUCCAGGAGGUCGGCAGCGAUGACGGUGCCGACCAGACCGAGCCCGACAUGACCGUCGAGGGGAUGGAGGACGACAGCAGCAUGUCGAUCAGAACACCGCACACGCCCAUCCGCCGCGCCUUCUCCACUUCAUUUAGCCAGCAGCGCGCGACGCCCUCUCCCGGCGCCGGAGCCGGCAUCAUCGUUUUCCCCGAGCUUGCGGCUCUCCCACCCCUCGAGCCCCCGCGCCACGACGGCGAGGUGUGCGCGCAAGCCUGCCUCCCACCCUCCGUCGCUGUGCCGUACACGCCCCUCCCGCCGCCGCCGGAGGCUAAGCGCGACUCGCGCGUCAAGAGCAAACACUCGCGCACGCUCAGCGGAACCUCGGACCCCGGCACGAGCGCCGGCGCCGGCGCGAGCGCGGGCGUGGGCGCGCCCCAGCGCUCGCUCCACAGUCUCAAGAACUUGCGGCACGCAUUCGACGAAAAGGCCGGCGGCGGGUUCAGCGACAACCGCGCGUCCAUGCAUUCCGGUACGGUGCUGAUGGGCGACGUGCCGACGUGCGACCAGCGGUUCGGCGUGCGCCGUGCGCGCCGGCUGCGCAUCCUCGUUGCCGUCGCGUGCCUGUGCGGUAUAAUCCUUAUCGUCGGCCUGCUGGCCGGCCUCCUAUCGCGGCGGAACAGACAAUAGACAGACUCCAUCACGGUUGUUAGUAGUGUAACUUUAGUCGAGAUGAGCGACGCGCACGCGUAAUGGCCUGCGCCACCGUUCAGGCCGCAGGACAAUGCAUA